AUGCUGGUGCAGAGAGGAAUCCUAAGCACCCUGGGCAAGGUUUGGAAGAGCACGAAGAGUGGGCUGCGUCUCAAGAGGAAGAGCUCUUCUGUCGCAUCGCACUCCUCACCUACCCCAAGCUGGAGCAGCUCAUCAAGCUCCUCUUUCAGCAUGUCGGAUCGCUGGGCACCAGGAUUCGCUCCUUCGCCUAUCCGAUCGCCCAGCCAGUGGAGUCCAGCCGCAUCCGAGAUGCGUCCGAAGAAUGGAGAUCCACAUCAUUACCCCGAAGUCGUUCCGGAAAAGUCGAGAAGAGGAAAGACCGAGUCAAACCCGGACACGCCAGAGACGCUUUCGCGAGCAAGCAGCAUCAAGAGCGACGCCAGCACCAUACCUUGGGCAGAUGGUCGCCAUCAUCCCGAGACUCCACGAUCACCAUUGUGGAAAUCUGCCAGCCCUUCACCUGCCUUUGUAAAGGCAAAGGAGGCAAGCCCUGUUGCGAACGCUCCAGCAUACGAGAAACUGAUUCGUCAGAUCUCUGGACGUAUUAAGAACCCUCAGCCUGGAUGGCCGCUCAAUCUUCCCCAGCUGAAGCGCAUGGCGAAUGGAAAAGUUCGACCUAGGACCGAUUUUGAGAAGGCGCUCACCGAGCAGGAGAAGAAGCGAGGUUGA